CGAUAAAUAUUUGACAGAAACGAAUGAGGUUAGGUUCAACAAAGAAAAGAAAAAUAAAUUGUAAAAAAAAUGUCGAAUUUAGUGGAAAAAUUGGAUGACGAGGAAGUUCAGGAGAUCCUGAAGACAGGAACAGACCUUCGGCAGUAUUCGCAACAGAUUGAGCGUGAAUUCAAUGAGGUGGAGAAUCGUUCAAUCAAUGAUUACAUCAAGGAGAGUCAAAAUAUUGCAAAGCUCCACACACAAAUUGGGGCUUGUGAUGAGAUUCUGGAGCGAAUGGAGAGUAUGCUGACCAAUUUCCAGGAUGUCCUCAGCAACAUAAGCACGGAGAUUACGUCUCUGCAGAAGAAAUCAGUCUCAAUGUCCGUUCAAUUGACAAAUAGACAAUCUGUCCGGGCACAGCUGUCGCAAUUUAUUGAGGACAUGGCAAUUCCGGAAGAGAUGAUUGCAGCCAUAAUGGAGACACCAGUUGUGGAGAAGGAUUUCCUCGUGCAUCUCAAUCAGCUGAAUCACAAAUUAACCCUCGUAAAGGAGUUGAGCUUCAAGGAAUCCGCCUCUGUCAAUGAUGUGCGGGAAGUGCUGGAGAAUCUCAAGAUUAAAGCAAUGACAAAGAUCCGGACGUAUUUGCUGGAACAAAUUUACAAAUUCCGCAAACCCAUGACGAACUACCAGGUGCCACAGAAUGCAAUGCUAAAGUAUAAGUUCUUCUUUGAGUUCAUCCUGUCGAAUGAGCGGCAAGUGGCUCAGGAGAUCUGUGGCGAGUACGUGGAUACAAUGGGAAAGAUCUAUUUUAGUUACUUCAAGAGCUACUCCUCGCGGCUGGCGGCUCUGCAGUAUGAGGAAGCUGCCUCUAAGGAUGAUCUAAUGGGUAUCGAGGACACUGUCAACAAAUCUCUCUUCACCAAGACGACAUCCCUGAAGAAUAAGAGCACAGUGUUUACGAUCGGGAACCGCGGAGAUGUUCUCAAUCAGCAACUUGAAGCCCCCAUUCUCGUUCCACAUGCCCAGCAGAAAAACAAAUACCCCUAUGAGGCACUCUUCCGCUCUGAACAGUACGCCCUGGUGGACAAUGCAUGCCGGGAGUACCUCUUUGUGACGGAAUUCUUCAUGGUGCGUGGCUCACAGGCGCAGGAACUCUUCAAUCAAAUCAUGGGACGUACCCUUUCGCUGCUGAUUAAGAAUGUCGAAACAUACAUCCAGGAUUGCUUCGAUUGCAUCGCAAUGUUCCUCUGUAUUCACCUCAUCCUGCGCUAUCAGCUCAUGUGCCACAAGCGCUGUGUGCCAGCUCUCGAUAAAUACUGGGAUUCCCUACAGGCUGUCAUCUGGCCGAGACUCGAAGUAAUCUUCCGUGCCAACAUCCAAAGCGUCCGGGAUUGCGAUCCAACCAAGUUUACGCGUGAAAUGGGGCCUCAUUGCAUCACACGGCGCUAUGCAGAGUUCUCAGCAGCCAUUGUGGGCAUCUCUGAGCACUUUCCCAAUGAACUCAUGAGUCGAUUGCUGCUGGAACUGCAAAAUGAAGUGGAAUGCUUUAUCCUGCGCAUGGCGGCAAUCUUCCCAUCGCGAAAGGAACAGCUAAUCUACCUAAUCAACAACUAUGACCUUGUCUUGGGUGUCCUCAUGGAACGUACGCGGGACAAUAGCAAGGAAGCCGAAGCAUUCCGGGAACAGCUGUCAGCGAGAAGUGGGGAGUAUGUGGAGGAAAUUCUAGCGCCUCAUUUUGGGGGAAUCAUUCAAUUUGUACGUGAAUGUGAACCAAUGCUGGAGAAGGAACAAAUGGAGGAACUUCGACGGCAGGAGCGUCGUUCCCUUGCUCUGGUGGCGAAUUUUAGUUCAAACUGGAAGACAGCCCUUGAGGAGAUAAACAAAGAGGUUCUCCUGUCAUUCCCAUCCCUCGUCACGGGGCAAACACUCCUUCAGCUCGCCCUCACCAAUCUCCUCCAGUACUACCAUCGUUUCCACAAGCUCCUCACCCCCAAUGCCAGGACGCAGCUUGUCAACAUUCACGUGAUUAAGAUGUUUAUCAAAAAGUAUAGUGGAUCAUUCAAUAUUUAAUCACACAUAUUGUUUACACUGAAAUAUCCGGAAAUGUAUAUUUAUUUGCGUAUUAA